GGGUGGCUAUUAAGCAAUCCCAACUGGCACAUCACACCAAAAGGCACCAUGAUAGUGAUGACUGAUGUCACUGCAGCCCCCAGAUUGGGGUCAAGUGCCACCACUCCAGCUGUGGCUCCCAACUUCUCCUGGAUGCCGGAGGAUGGCAGCCCCACAGCUGUGGAGCAGCCAAUAUUCCUCAUGACCACCGCUGCUCAGGCCAUCUCAGGUUUCUUUGUAUGGACAGCUUUGCUCAUCACCUGCCAUCAGAUCUACAUGCAUCUUCGCUGCUAUAGCUGCCCAAAUGAACAGCGCUACAUUGUUCGGAUCCUCUUCAUUGUGCCCAUUUACGCCUUUGACUCAUGGCUCAGUCUCCUGUUCUUCACCAAUGACCAGUACUAUGUUUACUUUGGCACAGUGCGGGACUGCUAUGAAGCCUUUGUAAUAUACAACUUUCUCAGCCUCUGCUAUGAGUACUUGGGAGGAGAGAGCUCCAUCAUGUCUGAGAUCAGAGGGAAAACAAUUGAGUCCAGCUGUGUAUAUGGGACUUGCUGCCUGUGGGGAAAGACCUACUCGAUUGGAUUCCUGAGGUUCUGCAAACAGGCUACCCUGCAGUUCUGUGUGGUGAAGCCCCUCAUGGCGAUUAGCACAGUCAUCCUUCAGGCCUUCGGCAAGUACCAGGAUGGUGACUUUGAUGUAACCAGUGGCUACCUCUAUGUAACGAUCAUCUACAACAUCUCUGUCAGCCUGGCACUGUACGCCCUUUUCCUUUUCUACUUUGCCACACGUGACCUGCUCAGUCCCUAUAGCCCAGUCCUCAAGUUCUUCAUGGUGAAGUCUGUCAUCUUCCUGUCCUUCUGGCAAGGGAUGCUGUUGGCCAUUUUGGAAAAGUGUGGCGCCAUCCCCAAAAUCCACUCUGCCAGUGUGUCUGUGGGUGAAGGCACAGUAGCUGCUGGAUAUCAGGACUUCAUCAUUUGCGUGGAGAUGUUCUUUGCAGCCAUCGCCCUGCGCCAUGCCUUCACAUACAAGGUGUAUGUGGACAAGAGACUUGAUGCCCAAGGUCGCUGUGCUCCCAUGAAGAGCAUCUCCAGCAGCCUGAAGGAGACCAUGAACCCCCAUGACAUUGUCCAAGAUGCGAUCCACAACUUCUCACCAGCUUACCAGCAGUACACCCAGCAGUCAACGCUGGAGCAUGGUCCACCCUGGCGCAACGGCAGUCACGUUAUCUCGCGCUCCCACAGCUGCUCGGGUGCCCGCGACAACGAGAAGACCCUCUUGCUGAGCUCCGAUGAUGAAUUCUAGGAGGGGAAACUGCCAACACAGGCUGUCAUUUUCCUUCUUUUGUUGUUUUUUAAUUUUUUUUUUAACUUAUUGAAGCAGAAACACGCAAGUCAUAUCACUCCCUAGAGAGUGCAGAUUGCAGAAGUGGGCACUUCUCAUUAGCUUUUGUGGGUACGGAACAAUGAGCGGUGCGGAGGUGGGGGGAUGGCCAGGACUCCAUUCUCGAGCCCAUUCCUUACAGCAGCAAUUGACUGGAAUUAAUUGAAGCAAAACUCCAGGGUUUGGGGCUCUGGCCUCCCACACCUGCCCAGCUUGGUGUGGAGCGUGACUGGUCAGAUCCUGGAGUUGUGGCCAAAAAUGUUUUUGGUUUUUUUCCAACUGGACAAGUCGACUGCUUUGAAUUCCUCUU